AUGAACGCCGUCAUGGCUACCGCGGAAGACGAGGAAGGUACUGCAGUCCUUCUCCAGCUAUACAAUCAGCCAGAGGAUGUCGAGGCCGACGACUUGCUCCCUCAGAGCAGCGUCCACAUCAUCAAGGAACCAUUCUUCAAGGUCACCACCGACGGCAAGUACAGCCUGCGGGUGGAUCAUGUCAGCGAUGAUCUUCUACUUUCAGUGAAUGAUGAGCGGAUCCCGAAGAGGUGGAGAAUCCCCAACCAGACUGAUGGGAACUCCGAGACUCGACUCCAGGGGAACGCGGCAGUCAAACAGCAGAAUUGGGGACGAGCUGAGCGUUUGUAUUCCGAUGCGCUCUCAUUCGCCACGACCGUCGCGCAGGAACAAGCCGCGCUGCUUAAUCGCUCACUGGCCAACCUGAGACUUGGACGCCCCGAAAAGGCGCUGGCCGACGCUCUCAGAGCCCGACAUGGCAACGAACCGACCGAGAAAGGCUUGUUCCGAGAGGUCAAGGCGCUCUACAGAAUGGAGCAAUUCAACCUGUGUUUGGAGAAGUUGCAGCAAGUGGUUGACCUGAACCCCAACAACUAA